AUGUCAAACAAAUCAGACAUUGAUAACAUUAACGACUCUCUAUUUUUUCGAAAUAUCAAUAAUUUAAAAGUUUUUAAUGCUCAAACUCCUGUAAUGCGAACUAAUGUCGAUACGACACAAAAUACAAAAAGGGCAUUAGGGUCACCAACUUCAACUAUCAACUCUGGGGAAUUUGCUUUGUCUUUACAAAGCAAUGAUAGUCAUGAUAAACAGACAAAUUUACAAGCAAUUGUUAGUAGAUUAAGAAAGCUAAUUGAAGUAAUAUCGGAUAUCCACGAAAAGCUUUAUAAAGAAUUGUUAGAUGCAAGAAGUAUACUCGACUCGUUAAAUGAAAUACAGAGAAAUGUUGAAAAUUUUUCAAAUUUACAACAGACGGCUCAAUAUUUUGAAUUGGCUGAUGAAAUUGACGAACUUGUUCGACAGGUUGGAUUUGUAAUGAUUCAAGCCGGUGCCGGUGCGAGUGUAAAUACUGAAAUAAAAAGUUAG